ACUAGAUUCUAUCACAAAAGAAUUUUUCAAAGAAAUUUUUUUUCAAAAAAAAUGUUAUUGUACCCUAUGACCACUGUUUUCCUCAUAUGUGUGAUGUUUGGUAUCAUCACCGUUAUUUUCUUCGGAUGCUGUCUAAUGUUUCGAUUCAUGCAUCGAUCUCUGGGAUCCGAGGAAAUAAAACAUGCAAAUAGUAACGUGGUGAUCCAUCCAAAACGAGUUUACGAAAUCCAAGCAGAAGAAGGCUGCUUCAGCAGCCUUCCAAAUAUUGCUGAAGCCGUCGUAGAAAAACAAAAAUUGUAUAGACCAGAGACGGGUGAUUUGAAGGCGAUAAGACAAGAACACGAAUGCUGCGAAUUCAAGCAUAUGGCAAAGAGGAAGGCUCGAACGGUGGAGUUCUUACUUUUCUACUUAGCAAACAGCUAA